UCAGAGCAUUAUCUCCCCGACCGCUGCAGCCAAUUUUCUUAUUCACGGUAUCAAGGAUGAUCUUAUUUACUGGACUAGAAGCAACAAACGGGAUCUAUUGAGCAGAAAUGCGGAUAUGACAUGGCAGGACUAUUUACAACUAUGCGACCAUGCAGUGUACCAAAUGAUGGAAUGAUACACGUCAUAGGGUGGUGGGCAGUAGAUGGAUAGACAAAAGGUCUUUAUGUGUAAUAUUAAUCUGUAUAUCCUUUGAAAGAAUGCCUGUCGUUAUUCUAUUGAUAUUGUUGAUGCCUUGUUGCCUUCUGCCUUGCUUAUAUCCGCUAACCCCGACUCUUCCUUUUCCUCUCCUUCCUCUCCUUCCUCUCUUUCUUCUCUUUCUUCUCUCUCUCUCUCUCUCUCUCUCUCUCUCUCUCUCUCUCUCUCUCUCUUAUCUCUCACCAUCACUCGCAAUGCCCUUCGAAUUCAUCAACCAGAACGAUUCCAUCGACUCCACUGCCCGCAAACGCAUCCGUCGCCAUGUCGCCUUGGGUCGUAACGCCGGCAAGACGAUCGACCGACGCAGGCGGACGGUGGUUGAGAGGCAGAGACAGGAGAGACAGGACAACCAGGACAGUCAAGACGAGAAGCUGGCAAUCGAAUAUCCCAUAGACGAUGGAUUAUCCUUCCCCGUCCCUUUAAGCGGUGAAACAAGAGAAAGGGCAAGAAAGGCCUUCUUUUUCUUCAGUGGUCCUCGAUUCUCGCCAGAACUGCACGAUGCGCUAAAAUCAACCGGUGUGUCGAUCUGGGUGCAGUAUAUGCUCUCUGACGAAGCCUACUUCCACUCAGUCAUGGCAAUCUCACUGAUGACGGUCGACAAUAGCCCUGCGAUAGCCCUGCGGCACCUCUCAUACACUCUCCGAUUGCUGAAUCAACGACUCACAGGCGGCCAGUCUGUAGCCGACAACACCAUCGCCGUGGUGGUAAGUAUGGCCAAGUGUGAGGGCCAUCAAGGGCGGUUCCGACAAGGAGUCGUGCAUAUACAGGGAUUGCGACAGAUGGCACAACUGAGGGGGAUGUCUGUAUUCGCUCAAACGAAACCUGCUCUCGCGCAGAAGAUGUUUAGAUCCGAUCUCGAAUACGCUCUCCAGCUUGGCUCAAGGACUCUGUUUACUGUACAGGAAGUGAAGACAGGUAGUCAAGCUCUGGUUGGUCUGGAUACCGACACCGAGAUGGAUACCCUGUCAUCUCUCCUGGAUGACUUGAUGACCUUUUCGGCGCUGACCAACGGUGCUCUGGCUGGUCUUCCCAAGAUUGAUGCGGAUGUCUACCAUGAUACGAUCAUCUUAUUGGGGUAUAGACUGUUGGCUCUGGCGUCGAUGGGAGGAGGGUCUCUCGGCCAAGAUGACCAGCUCCUCUACAUUGGGAUGAUGGCGUUUCUGACGAGCUUUCUGCCCAGGAUGGACCGCAAGAUGGAGAAGUAUCCACUGCUACGGGAGAUGGCUGUCGUCGCAGUACAAAGCGACCCGUCCACGAAACAGCUCUGGGCGAUGUUUAUGGCUGGCGUCACGAUCUUCCAGACAUCGGACGAUGCGUGGAUCCUCCCUAUGAUUCGGAAUACCGUCGAUUGUCUUGGGUUGUACACUUGGGAAGACAGUGAAGAAACAAUAUCCCAGUUCCCGUGGGUACCUGCAUUACAUAGUGCAAACGGAAGAACGUUAUGGGAGAGAGUAGAAACAUGGACUGCUGAUUCGAUGAUAACUACUCAAUGUUGAUCUCAUACAGCCGCUGCACACACCCCGGCUGGAUUGUCUCCAACUCACGGGCGAUCGCCUCCCACACACGCUGCUGCGACUGUUUCCCAGCUUCAUCGUCUAUCCAGGGGGGGACCACAUUUCUAUCGAAUUGUCAGCAUUAUGCUUACACAUCUUUACACAUAUUUUUGACGAAGGAUACUUACUCUCCCAUCUCACACGAAUGAAGGAGACACCCAUGAGUCUCUUCGCCG